AGAGCCAAGCAAAGAUGUACGAGGUCGAAGAUGCCCAAAUCAGCCAAGAAGGAGGCCUUGAUGCGCCCUGGUCUCAAGGAAGUCUGGGGCUAGUGCAGCGUUACCUGGCGUCGGAUCAUGAAUUACAGACGUCUAGGAACCCGUGGUCCGAAACUGCCUAUUUCAGCUUUGGAUCAUCUGAAGAUGCCAGGAACGACAGUGAGCUCAAGGAUCGGCGCACGAACCUCUUGUGGUUGACGAUUCUCGCCGUGCUGGCCAUCGCUCUGGCGUCGGCCGUCGGCUCGCUCCUGGUCAAUGCCAGCUGGUGGUUGCACGGCGAUUCCUUCUGGGCGACCCAGCCCUUGCUGGCCGAUGAGCGGGAGAAAGAGAACAGCCAAGCCAUGGUGGCCGCCCGCGAAGUGCUGCGAGGUACAGCAAGGCCGAUGAUGGUCAAUGUGCAUUCGACCAGCACAUCGCGGGGGCAUCGGACGUCCUUAAAGACCAUCCGUGAGACUGAAAAAGAGAGUGGAGCCACCAUACAAGCAGUGUAUCGCGAGCCUCUCAGCACCAUAGGUCCCAAUCACGUGUGCGGGCGCUCCUUCUACACGUACUGCCCCGUGGUGCGUCAGGAGGCGUACUACAGCGCCCGCGAGCGCCGCUGCGUGCUCACCACGGCAGACUCUGUGCGCGUCUGCAACCGGUCGCCCAAUCGGUUUGCCAGCUUCGACGCGUGCUACAACGCGUGCGGUCGCCUGCACGGAUCCAUGGCUGACCGGUGCUUUGAGAAGACAUUGUUCACAGACUGCGAAAGGCAGGACGUGUUGUACUCAUGGUGGGUGUUCUCGGGCAAGAACUGCGUCCGGUGGAAUUUUCCACGUGGUCUUUGCCCGGACGACAAGGAGUUCGGCACGGCUGUGUUCGCUAACCAGUCUGCAUGCGUUGUGCGCUGCCUCUCAUCUCCGAAAGCUGACAAAAUUAGCGCAUUCAACGACAGCGAGAGGCGCGGAACGUGCCGGCAACCAAAGGCGAAGCUUUGCACGCCGGAACAGCUGCGCUUUCCAUACUUCGCCGAUAUUUUGGGAAGCGGCCGUGGACACUGUAUCAGAGCGACCUCGGAAACCCUGCUUAUGCACCGAUGCCUGGUAGGGGCCAACCGCUUCGGCACAGUUGCGGCUUGCCGUAAGGCUUGUGAGCGCCGGAAGACCUAACAGUAUUGCGACACAAGUGCUCCAUUAGUUUGUCGGCACCACAGUGUGCCAUAAGUGCGGAAAUAAAUCGUAGUAUUCAUAUGGAAGGGUAGUCUAAGCAAAUUACUGCCUCAUUAGCAAACCUCACCUCCUAUUGCUGUGUGUGCCAGAAGUUCCCCAAUCUGAAAGGAAUUCAAGUACCUCUUUCUUAUGUGACUGCGAUGGGAGAAAUUGUGCGCGCAAUUUAUUGUAAUUGAUAUACGUUGCAAAUGAUCAAGUAGCAACAAAUUUUGAAUGUAUAGCGGAAAUUCUGUCGCAUACCACAUCGAGCACCUUAUCA